AAUUUGAUUUUUGGAUUUGAUUUUUUCUUCUGAAAAUAAGCACCUUGAAUGUGUGUUACAUGCCUGAGUAUAAUGUUCUAUAUUAAAAGUUGAUAUAUGAAUGAUGUGAGUGCAAGUAUUUUUGCUUUUUUUUGUUGAUAAAGUGAAUUAAUUGUGUGAUUUGCCUAGAAAAUUUUUCCCAGUUUACAGUCUUAUCGUGAAUAAAAUUUUUCAUGCGAUAUGAGUGUUGUGGAUAAAGUUUGAAUUUUCAAGUGUAUAAAUAAAACUCUCUGUAAUCAAAGGGUUUAUAAUAAAAUAUUGAGUGCCACGUCAUUUAUGUGCGUUGUGAAGAAAAAAAAACGACUUGAAACGUACAAUUUUUUUCUCUUUGCUUCUUGUGAAAUGCUCAAUUGAUAAGAAGGUAUAAAGUGUUUUUUUUCUUUCAUCGUGGAAAAAAAAUGAAGGCGAUAUCACGCAUCACAAUAGAUGGAGGAUUUGUGAUUUUCACAGAUGGAAAAUCAAGAAGUGAAAGUUAUCAAGCAGGAGCAAUCACCUGAUGCACAAAAUCAGGAAGUGAUUGCUGAGGAAAUUUCUCAGCAAAAUCAAGAUGGGACUGCUUCUAGUCAUCCUACAACGGUCAUUACCACGCAAAGGCAGCGAAUGAUAACCACAUCUGGCGAUAUUAGGGAAGUAACCAGUGCACAAGAGGUAAUAGUAAAUCAACAAGAGCAGCAAUAUGAAGGUAAUCAUGAAUAUCAGCAAGUUACCAAUACCGUUGAGGAUCACAAUUAUACAUACGAACCAAGUAUUACAACCGUGGUUACGACUCAAGCACCUACAAUGGCAUCUGUUCAACAAUUGCAAGUUAUUAAACGCGAAGGGAGUACGGAGAAAGAAGCUAGCGUCACUGAACAACCCCAGCAGCAUCAAACAGUUUACAUUGAGCAAACACCAGAUGAAGGUGAUACCUAUAGGUAUUCCACUGUUAAAUAUGAAACAGAAGAGUACCAUCGAUUUCCAUAUCAACAACAAACCCGUAUUCAAGCUACACCGGAAGAAAUAAAGACCAUCGAAGAGCCACAGGCGCCACCGCAGGAAAUUCAAAUUUACGAACAACCCGAAGCCCCAAAUCAGGAACCACCAAGUCACACUGAUGCUUCUGAAUCAAAGGCUCAGUACACGAAUUUGGAAACGGUUCAGCAGCUUCCACCGGGGUCAAGUUACUACAUAACCAGUGAGGGAUAUGCAACACCAGCUGGAAAUUAUUCGUACCUUCAGACAACUCCGACAACCAAGGAAUAUCCUGCUUAUCAUCCCAGCAGUCCCAAUACUGUUUUAUAUAAAGAUCCAAAUCUAGCUUCGGCCCUAUCAACUAGACAAUUGCAGUAUCAUCACAACAUAGCUAAUACGCAACAUAUCUACGAUGGACCAACUGUAUCAUCUGGAUCACCAUCUGGGCAACAAGUUUUUACAACUUACAAAACAGAACCGACUACAUACUGGACUGGGCAGUUGGACUUUAAUGUUCCUACUGGAUAUGGGAAUUCAAUAAUAUUGGAUAAUGGUGUUCCACCUGGACCGGGUGACUAUGCAGCUAAUGGUUCAUGGUCAACACUUGGUGCAAUUAGUGAGCAGUACGAUGGACAAAUUAUAGCAGCGCAAGAUAUUAAGGAAUGCGUGAAUUGUUCUGCAUCGUCGACGCCACUGUGGCGGAGAGACAAUACCGGGCAUAACUUGUGCAAUGCUUGUGCUCUAUAUGGGCGACAGAAUCCAGGUAUCAAUCGACCACCCAAUCGAAAUCAGAAGGCCAAAGCGCCGGCGGCAAAUGGCAAUAGGCGCACCGGGGUGCAAUGUGCCAAUUGCCAAACAACCACCACAACCCUGUGGCGGAGGAAUCACAACGGUGACCCUGUCUGCAAUGCAUGUGGCCUCUACUACAAACUACACAAUGUACAACGUCCGCUUUCAAUGAAAAAAGAAGGAGUUCAGACACGUAAAAGGAAGCCCAAGAAUGUGGCUGGGAGUCAAAUAAAGACUGCAUUGGGUCCUGAAAAAACUCUACCACCAAUUUAUCCAUCGCAAAUUGAAAUGAAGAUGCCGGUGUUGCCAAAUAUUGGGCAAGCACCGACGGAGAUACAUUUGGUGUCCACUCAACCAUCUGCUCAAGAGCAAUACUUAAGCGUUGGUCCACAGAGUCAAUCGCCGCAUUUGCCAACCACCACCAAUUUGACGAGACACAUUAAUUCAACAGUACCCCCAUUGGAUGGAGGUCGGGGAAUAAAUGGAGAAAUCACGAGUGUAAUCACAAGCACAGGAAUGGCUGAGAGGAAUUCCAAUUGAUCUUGCCGACAAGACAUUCAGGUCUCGAAAUUAUGUCCAUUCCACGGGGAAGUUACGCUUUAAGAGAAUACUGUGCAAAAAUUACAAGAAAAAUGUAUUUCUUCCCGUUUCUUUUUUAAUUUUUAAUUGAUGAUUUUUUAAUUUUAUUUGUUACACAAACUUUUUAGAUCAGUGCAUGAGUCAUAGAUUUAUCUUCCUAGUCAUAUACAAAGAAAGCUUCCUAGUGUGCUUCCUUUUUCCUAAUAAGAGUUUUUUUUUUAUAAUACAGCUUUGCCUUAAUAAAACACAAAAAAACAGUGCCAAAAUUUUAGAGACUAUAAUAAUAAUAAUUUUGCCAAAAUAGCAAAUUUUCGCGGCGUAAUCGCAUUUUUUUUUAAAGUUCAGAACACUAAUUUUGUAUGUGUGUGAACAAGUCGAAUAAUUUUAUGUAAAAGGUAUUAAGGAAGGUAAUAAUAAUAAAUGAAUAAAAAAUACAAAUUAAUUGACGAAUUAAGUUCUAUUACAUUCCAAAAAUGGUUUUCUUCCUAUAAGAAAACUUGUUUAUAUAAUGUAGAAAUUUUUGAAUAGUUUGUAGCGAUAAAGGUUAUAUAGAAAUUUCCAUUAAUUGAUUUUUUUCCUCUUUUUUCCAUCGUUUAAAUACCAAAAUGUAUAAAAAGAAAAGUAAUGAAGGGAAAGAGAAGAGGAAAAAAGAAUCAGGCGCCACUUAAAUCGACAUCCAGGUUGAAUUCUGAAGUCGAAUAGAAUGCCAAAGAUAAAAGUCGAUGGUGGAAUUACCUUUUGGGAAAGGGAUGGUAAAACCGUAGUGCAUUAUAUAUCAAUGUUAUGUACAUACAUAUAAAACAUUUUUUUAAAUAAAACUGUGAGAGAGGAACCAAUUAUACAGAGUUAAAUUUAUAUCUUCAAUUUGUGAGGAAGAAGAAUUGAUUUUGAUGUCUUAAACCACAACUUUCAUAACUGUUUGAACCACAUUAUAAUUAUAUUUUGUAUCAGACAAAUGAAAGAUGAUAUGCAAUGUACAUAAUGUACCAUUCAUAUGCAUAAUAUAAAGUGAAUUGCAUUAAGCUUUUAGUACAUGGAAGAAUGCACUUAUGUAUAAGAAUCAUUUAAAAAUUUUGUACAAUGUAUAUUCACUUGCAUAUAGAUAUAUAAUUUUACUCUUAAGAAAUAUAUAUAAUAAACGUUUUCUAUAUAUGUAUGUAUGUGGUACAUGAAUGAAUAUGCGAUGUGACGCGCCGGGCUUUUAGACUGUGACACCAAACGGCUUUUUACUUUAUGAGAUAUGCAUAUGCAUGAAACUGUUGCAGUGUGGCAGCGAAUAAUGGAGAAAAAGGUCUAUAGAAUUCUUCAGAAUUAUUGUGAGAGAAAGAGAUAAUCUGUGAAACUUUAUACGUAUAAAAUUAUGAUCAAUUUCCAACCAAUCAAAGAGAAACACAUUUUAUGUAUAAAUUAUUGCAAUGGAGAUUGUUAAGUAUUGCAAUAAGACUAUUAUAAUUUAUAUAACAGACUAGAGGUUUGUUUUAUAAAAAAAAGAAAGAAAGAAUUGAAUAAAUUUAUAUUAGUGAAACACA